UACGUCUCCCCAACCAAUCUCCCGAUUUACUCUCCUCUGGAACCUAGACUUGGUUUCCUCAUGGAAUCGCAUUCUUUUUUCGUCGUCAGCCUCCAGCACAGAUCUGCUUCCUCAUCUAAAAUCGAGGCUUCUUCUCCAUUGAAAUCGCUGCGGUUCAUCCCUGUCGAUUGGUCACUGUCACUCUUACAGCAUCAUAUAUUUGUUGUGUGAGAUGGAAUCAAUCAUCUAGAGGCUUUAUCGAAUAAGCCAAAAUGGAAGAAAAUAAUGGGAGUGGUAGUAGUAAGCAUCAAAACGAAGUCCUCGAGGUUUCUAACAGCAGUAAGCAAGAUAAUUCGGAUGUUGAGGGUACUAGUACCAUCGAUGAUCAAAACGAGCAUCUUCAUGCUAUCAUUGCCGACGAGAUUCCACUUAAUCGUGCCAAGAUGGUUGGCCAUGCUCCUCUCACCUCCUCAUCUGCUUCUUCGUGUUCUUCAAAUUUGUUGGAUGUCGAUUACGAUGAAAAAGACGCAGUCGAUGUCUCCUCUAGUUCUGAAGAAAACGGUUCUCGAGAAGAUGCUGAAUCAUCGGCCGAUACUUCUAGUUCUUCGCCUCAAUGGAGCAUGGUGAGUGAAUCCCCGCUGCACGGACCCACGAUUGAAUCUUCGUCUUCACCCGAAAUUUCACCUCAAAGUUCGAGUUUGAAUGCAGUAAAUACGUCUCCGAUGCAAUCUCCGGUGGUACAAGUGAUGGGUCGUACUGGUAGUUAUGAUCCAAACAGGAUUCCUUGGUCUACGUUUACUCCAAAACCGGCAAACGAUACGGAUUGGGCUGCAAAUUCUAGUGAUUCGUUGUUUAGUCUUUAUAACGGGAAAUCCGGAGAACUUAACAAGGCAGAUUUCUCGUCUGGUCUGCCAACAGUGAUCGAAACGACAUUGGAAAUUGAUCAAAAGAGUGUAAGUACGAUUGGGGAAGCUGGAGAGAAAGAAAAUCUUGAAAUCCAAAGCGAGGCGCCAAAUGUUUCGAUAAAUGAAGACGGGAAAGGAGUCGAUCCGGCUAGUGCUGUAAUCGAAGAUGCAUCUUCAUUGAAGUCGGAUUCUAAAACAACUCCACCGCCAUCAACACCCCCGGCAACGGAGGGAGCCAUGGGAACGACCCCAAAAACUGGUGGCCGAAGAUGCUGCUUCAAUUGCUUCUCUUGUUGUUCGUCCCGUGGUUGAACUGUUUUUUAGAUAGGAUUCAUUCAAAACGACGAGAUCAGCCAUUGCGGGAUGACCCGAGUAUCUGAAUCUCUUUUCAAGGUCCAAAUGGUUCACCGACAUCGAUCCAGAAAUCGGAUUCGUUAUCAUGAUGAAAAGCCAAGGUACAUAGAUGUGAAAACAGAUUCAGUUCCGUACAACCGUUCGCGUUGCAAACCGAACGCUUCGGUUUUGGUUUCUAACAAGAAACUGAAACCAAACCGAAUUAAUUUGUUAAACUUGCUUUAUCUUGUAUUCGAAUCAUCGAUUUAUAUUCAUUUUUUUACUUGGGCUAUGUUCAGCCAUCUUAAUAAGCUAAGCCGUUAGCUGAAAAACAAGUUGUUUGGUUAAAGAGUAUCUCCUACAAAUUAUUCAAAAUUUAUCUGAAAAUGGAG